AACCUUCAACUGAGAAUGAGUCGGAUAUAGAAAUGGACGAACUAUUGAUUGAAAAGGAAACCAAUUUUCUUGAAGACUCGUCAGUUGCUAUCAUGUCGGAUUCAAAUAUCCAAUCAUCGUCGAUCAAUGCGUCAAUUGACGUGUAUCCGUCAUCAAUAGAAAGUGAGGAUUCAACUUCGAUUUUAGUCUCUCAAAUUAACGCGUUAAUCGCUGACUCCGAUCGCGUCGAGAUGAACACUGCAAAUUUUAUUCCCAUUUCUCCGUCACAAGAGCAAGCAUUGACCGAAGGCAUUGUAGAAUCAAAGUCAGCGGAAAUCGGCGCCGAAUUGAAUAAUGAACAAGAAUCUGAUCCGGUUGACGGAAAAACUGAAAUUUUAGCGUCCGAUACGCGUGCUUGCAUAGACAGAUUGAGUAAUUUCUCCACCCAUCCAAAUUCUCCAAAUCUCAAUAAUAUUCCUUAUUCGACCCUCUUAAUGGACUCUCCC